AUGAAUGGAGUUAACAAGGAGAAGAAAUCAGAUUCAGCUUUGAUUCGUCAUGAUAGCAUGGGCGGUGGCUCUCACCGCGGUCACGACCAUCAUCCUGCCGUGAAUUAUGAAUCCUUGACCUAUGUUCGAGAUGAAACCGAUGCUUGGAGAGCCAACAACGCAACGGAACAUUUUGUCCAUAGAGGCAACUUUUGGAAUGCUGGAAAACAUGAGACGUCCACGACUUAUAUAAUCAUUGCGUUGGUUGGGAUUGCCCAAGCUUCUGUCGCUUAUUUUACAAAUGUUUUGUCUGCCCACUUUAUUGAUCACAAAUUCAAUCAUGUAUAUGGUCUAUUGGAAGCCAUUGCCUCUAUCUUUGUGUGGAUCGAACCAGUCAGUGCAGGAUCGGGAAUUCCGGAAGUCAAAUGUUACCUCAAUGGAAUCGAUCUUCCAAGAGUGGUCGAACUCAAAACUCUUGUCUGCAAGGUCCUGGGUGUCAUUUGUUCGGUAUCAGCAGGAUUGCCGGUUGGAAAGGAAGGCCCCAUGGUCCAUUCUGGUGCAGUGGUCGCCAAUACCAUAUCUUCCGGAAAGACCCAGAACGAUCGACAAAAGCGAGACUUUGUAGCAUGUGGUGCAGCUGCUGGUGUGUGUACUGCCUUUUCAGCUCCCAUUGGAGGCAUUCUAUUUGCACUGGAAGAAGGUGCAAGCUACUGGGGCCCAUCAGUGACGUGGCGAUCAUUUUUCUGUUCCAUGAUUGCACUCUCCACACUCUAUACUCUCAACACUAUCGGAAACGCAUUUGGAAAGGUUGGCUUUGGUCGGCUGUUUAGUUUUGGUAAUUUUGUCUUUGAAGAGGAGUCCAGUUUUGCCGUCUAUGAACUCUUGCCAUUUGUCUUGUUGGGUGCCAUUGGGGGUCUCAUUGGGGCAGUAUUCAAUGACACGAACGAAAAGAUCACAAAGUGGAGAAUGAAGCAUGUUAAUCCUUCCAAGAAACGACGAUUCCUGGAAGUCCUUGUUGUUUCCAGUCUUGUUUCCUUGGUAUCAUUCGCGUUGCCAUUUGUAUGGGUCAAAUGUACUCCUCUUCCCAGUCGAGCUGAUAUGAGUGCGGAUCAGAUCGAGUUAUGGGAAUCGCUCGUUCCCUUUCGUUGUAUAGCUGGCGAGGAAUACAAUGAGAUGGCUUCACUUAUUUUGACUGAUCCAGGAGACGCGAUUCGACAGCUGUUUCAUCUUCAUCAGCAUGCUUUCAGUACAGCGGCUUUGAUUCUCUUUUUUACAUGCUACAUUUCUUUGGCAGUGAUUGUCUACGGUGUAGCCGUGCCCUCUGGCCUCUUUGUUCCUAGUCUACUGUCAGGUGCCGCAUUUGGUCGCCUCUUUGGAAACCUGGCUCACAAUCUCUAUCCAAACCUCGCCUACAGUAACACUUAUGCAUUGAUUGGGGCCGCAGCAGUCUUGGGGGGAAUGGCAAGAAUGACCAUUAGCUUGACAGUCAUCAUCUUGGAGUGUACUGGAAAUGAACAAUUUGUCCUGCCGCUCAUGUUGACGCUCAUGACAGCUCGGAUCACUGGGUCGUUCUUCAACGAAGAUCUAUAUCAUAUUCACAUUCAUCUCAAAGGCAUUCAGUUUCUAGAAGCGGAGCUCCGAUCCAUUACAAGACACCAUGGACUGGUUACUGGAGAUGUAAUGAGCGCCAAUGUCGUAUUUGUCCGUCCGGUCGAGAAGGUUGGAGUUAUCUAUGAUAUUCUCAAGUCCUGUGAAUACUCCAACUUUCCUGUGGUGGAUACGGAUGACAAUGACACUCUAUCUGGUACAAUAGGUCGCAAUGCGCUUUGCAUCUUGUUGCAACAGCGUGCCUUUGGUCGACCGUCGACUCCUGAAGGAAACAAUCAUGACAAUAUCAAUUGUAACUAUCUGCAGGUCAAUGGUGCCAAAUUCUAUCCCUUGGUGCAGUGGCAUGUAGUCGAGAAGGCCUAUCCCAAGUAUCCAAAGGUGUCAGAUCUGAGAAUUGACUACUCCGAUAGAGAAAAGUUUGUGGAUCUGAGACCGUACACCAACGUAGCUGCAUUGACAACGCAAGAGGCAUCGUCAGUAACUAGAACAUAUGAGUUGUUUCGAAGUUUGGGACUUCGCUUCCUUCCAGUUGUGAAUAAGUACAACCAAGCCGUCGGUACCAUCACUCGAACGGACUUGACUCCAGAUGCUUUAUCAGAGACGAUGUUAAAGAUGGGCAAGAAGAAUGCCUAG